CUCAGCUUAGUCACAUUCAAAUCUCUUUAUAUAACACUUAAGGUUUCAUCUGAUCUUUCCGACCAAAAGAACAAAAAAAAACUACAAACAAUGGCUGACGCAACGGAAAAAGCUGAGCAUGACCGUAUUUUCAAGAAAUUUGAUGCUAACGGGGAUGGAAAAAUCUCUGCGGCCGAGCUUGGAGAUGCUCUUAAGAACCUUGGCUCGGUCACACACGAGGACAUUAAGCGUAUGAUGGCCGAGAUCGAUACCGAUGGUGAUGGAUACAUCUCGUACGACGAAUUUUCUGAUUUCGCAAGUGCCAAUCGUGGUCUUAUGAAAGACGUCGCCAAGAUUUUCUAAGCUUAACUGACAAUAUGGUGCAUGUGAGAUUUAAUCAUGUUUAAUUUGUUUUGUAAUGACAAUCAUUUGAUUAAGUAUGUUUUUUUCUUUUAUGUCUUAUUUUCAUGGAGUGGAAAGGUCUUGGAUUAUUCUUCAAACGGAUUGUAACGAUGUAUUGAAGAAUUGUCCAUUCUUUAGUUUAUGUCUUUUUGCGGAUUUUGGCAUGGUUACUUUUUAAAUGCUCGAGAUCUUUGGUUCUCUAGUACAUAAUUAUAAGUCUAUUGACUGAGACCAUUAGAGAUGAUUAAGCAUGAAUACAUAAACCCAAAUAUAGUCAU